GCUUUAGUGAUAAUUUGUCUAAGGCACGCGUCAGCACAAAUAUGCCUGAACGAAAAGUACCGCAUAUUCUUAAGCUCUCCGCACAGGAGCAGCAGGAGUUCGUCAACUCCUUCGAUGUAGUGAUGUGUGAUUGUGAUGGUGUUAUGUGGAUGCUUGCAUCACCGUUGCCGCGUACGGGUGAGACGGUGUGUGCGCUGAAGGCGGAUGGCAAACAAGUGUUCUUCGUGUCCAAUAACAGUCUGCUCACGGAUGAAGAUUAUGUGAGAAAGUUCAAGGGGAUCGGAGUGAAGGAUUUUCAAGCGAACGAUAUUAUGCACCCAGUAAAGUCCAUGCUGUACUAUUUGAAGAAACACAAUAUCAAGCAACCGGUUUUCUCAAUAUGCAGCGCCGGCGGUAACAAAACGCUUCGUGACGGAGGCAUAGAUGUCAGAACUUUGGUCCCCAAGGCAGACAUUACACCCGCUAUCUUAGCGAAAAUAACAAAACCGGAACAAAAGAUGGGCGCUGUUUUGUUUGACAAUAAUCCGGCGUUAUCUUAUGCACACAUUGUUGCGGCCACACGUUAUCUAGCAGAUAAAGAUUGCCAGUUUUUGGCGGGAGGCACAGAUUGGCUAUUACCGGUGACGGGAGAACUAACGAUACCAGGAUUCUGCGAUUUCCUCGAAACCAUAAGUCGCUUCACACAACGAGAACCAACAAUUGUUUGCAAACCGGCACGUUUGCUUGGCGACAUCUUGAAAGACGUCUACAAAUUGGCCGAUCCCAAGCGUUGCUUGUUCAUUGGUGAUUCCCUGACGCACGACAUAGGCUUCGCAUUGGUUUGUGGCUUCCAAUCACUGCUGGUAUUAAGCGGCAGUACACCCUUAGAGGAAAUGUGGGAAGCAAAUGCUGAGGAUCAACCACAUUAUUAUGCCGAUAGUAUAGCCGAUUUUAUAGAAUUAUAUGAUAAUAUAAGUAAAAAUGUUUAAAAUUAUAA